UCUGAGAAUGAGUCAUCACACAGCAGUAAACCAUCUGCUGGCAGGCACUUCAAGGAGACAGUGAAAUGUGGUCCUUGUCAUCCUGUUGGGAAGAGGUUUAAGUGUGCACACAGCAGUGCAGUGCGUGGGAUACAGCUACUCCAUGGCAACAGCACUACACAAACAUUCACGGCGGGUUGCUCGGAGCUCGGUACUGUUAACUGUUAGUGUUAAUACUGUGUCACUUCUUCUCAUCGUGUCAAAGAGUGGUUUUCUGUAGUAUUUUAGCCAGUAAAAGUAGCAGCGAUGCCGAAGAAAAAAGCCACCAAAGUAAAGAGGGCGAAAGCCGGGAAAGGAAAGAAAGAAGGCAAACAGGAUUCAAAAGCGGACAAAGAGACGGACAUGGAGAAAGCCAAGGCCAACGCUGCCCUGUGGGAGCUGAGGUUAAAGGUCACCGACCAGUCGCUCGCCGAGUACCGCGAGGCUUGCCGUAAGUUGGCAGCCGCAAAUGAAGACCUCACCAACCAACUGUACCGCCUGGAGAAGGACACUAUAGAUAUAACGGGCUUUCUGAAGAGACAAGAUGCAGCUAAGGAGGAGAAGAUCAGUGCACUGCAGAAGAGCCUGAAAAGUCAGGAGGCACUUGCACAUGAAGAGCAAAAAAAGCUGAUUAAUGAUUACACAAGUCAAAUCAAUGACAUGAAGGAACUGUUCAGAAAAAAAUCCAGUGAUUUUAACAUGAUUCAAGAUGGGAUGAAGAAAAUUAAGGAGUUCCAGAAGAGGAAAGCCCAGAUGGAGCAGGAGCUCAAUGAUGUUAGAGAAAGCAUGGACACUGCUGACAAGGAUCACAGGGAAAACCUAAACAAGAUGGAGUACAAAUUUCUCAAAGAAAAGGAACGCCUGGAGAAAGAAGCUGAGCGAACAAUUGACCGGGUGGUGGAGAGAGCCCACAAUGAAGCCAUUGUGCAGCUGGAUGAUGCCUCGCGCUCUGUGUUCAAGGAGAAUGUCCGACUCAAUGAAGCGCUGAAAUUUCACAUAAAGGAAGGAGAAGACCUGUAUGCAUUGAUAAAAUCAAUGGAGAAGGAAAAUGCGUCCCUGGCACUGGACAAGAACACAUUUGAGUUGAUGGUAAAGAAAAAUGCAGCUCAGAUGGAGGCCCAAAAAAACGAGCUAUCUAAACUGAGGGCCAAGGUAGCUUCCCUGGAGCAGGCCCUAGUGCAAAAAGCUGGGGAGACAGAGAGAGAGGAGAAGAAGGAGGAGGAGAAGACCCUGAUCAGCAUCCAGGCAAGCCCGGUAGAGUUGGAGAAGCUGCAGAAAGUGCUGACCAUGCGGGAGAGGGAAUUGGGGCACGUCAAACGACUAGCGAGCACCAUUGUAGAGCAGCGCACGGAGUUGGAGCAGUUCUUCCACGAGGCGCUGGCCCAGGUGAAGCAGGAGAUCAUGACCAGCAGGCUGCAAUACAAAAAGGAGGCACUGCAGGCUUAUCGCUGGAGGCUGAGAGAAGCCACAGCAGGAAAACUGAAGUUCCCACCCAUCCGCACCUUUCACAAAGGCCCCCACAGUACCAACACUGUCUAUUCAGACAUGGAGGCGGCUGCAACGUGGACUCAUCAACCAAACAGCAAGGUUGAAAUCUCAGAUCUCACUUGGGAGCAGAAGGAACAAGUGCUCAGGCUGCUCUUUGCUAAAAUGAAUGGGCAGAAGGACAGGAAAGUCAGCCAACAUCUGGCUGUAUCUGCCUCCUCUGAGAAGAAGAGCCUUAUUGACAGUGAUGCUGCCGGGACUAGAGAGGAGCUCUCCUCAACCUUCAUCACCCAGGCACCUCAGCCCAUUGUGCGAUCGAACACAAACAACCUGCCUGAUAUACACACCGAAUGACCUCUGUGCAGCCUCUGCUUUGUACGCUUCCCACAGAGCGCCAAUCAUGUGUGUAGGUUAAUACAAGAUGUUUGUUUGUGCUCAUUAUAAAUAUCUUACCAUGCAUGUAUAUAUGGCUUGUGAGUACUUGUUUGAAUUCUUUAAAAGGAUCUCUUCACUGGAAACAAAAUGCAAAAUGCUUAUACCAAAAUAUGUAUCACAUAAUGUACAUACUCUCUGCAUCCACAUUGGUUAACAUUUAUCUACAUAUACACAUCUAAUUUAACUUAUUAAAUAUGGCGUAUAACUGAACCAUUCACAUGCAGGACUCUUGACCCCAAAGUGCAGUUCAUUUGAUUACUGUGCACCAUCACCAGGCACGGUUGGUUGAUUCGUGCUCCCAGUACAUUUGGAAAAGAGGUGUACAGUUUAUGUGUACACAUGUAGGGUUCGCAUAAGGUUUGAAAAAUACCUGCACCAAAAACAUGGAAGUGGACUAAUAUAUUACCCAAGCAGCAAUCAGUGAAGACGAUCAGUGUGGAAGACAGGUGUGUUCAAGGUGGCAUCUUCAGCUUUCCACUGUGAGGUUACAGUUUUUAUCUGUGUGUAAAAUAGAUGUCCUGUAAAGAAAAAAU